AUGGUCAACAAGUGCUUGCUAUUCGCACUUUUAUUUACUUUGAUAGUUGGUCGCAUAUCAUGUGAAUCCGUAGUAAAAGGUCGUGUCACAGCUUAUGGUUGGUGUGAUAAUGAUCCGCCGUAUAGGGGAGACACGAGUUCUGGUCAUCAAGCUACAUCAGGCGAUGGUACUUUCAGCAAUCCGAGUACAUGUGCAACCGAUCAAUCUCGUAUUCCGGCUGGUACUAAAAUUUAUAUUUCACAUGUGCAGAAAUACUGUAUUGUUCGAGAUAUAUGUGGUGCAUGCAAAAGGGAUCCUCGUCGUCUUGUUGAUCUCUGGAUUGGACCAAAUCCCAUGAAAAGAGAAAACUGCAGUUUUUUAAGAUAUUGUGAAGAACGGGUUGAUAAUUUAUAUGUUGAUGUUUAUUUAGAUGCGGCUGAUGGUCAUACAGUUAAUAGAAAUCCACUGUUCGAUGGUACACGUUGUAAUUUCUAG